CGACGAACAAUCCACGACCGCCAAAAUGACCAGCAGACCCACGGUUUCCAUCAUCUCCGCCGACGGCAAGGCCGGCGAGGCUAGCCACCCUCUCCCCAAUGUCUUCAAGGCUCCCAUCCGUCCCGACAUUGUCCAGCUGGCCACCAGACCUCUGCUGAGUCCUGGGGUACCGAAUACCGCUCCUAACACAACCUUGUCCANNGGCCGUGCUGUUGCCCGUAUCCCCCGUGUCUCCGGUGGUGGUACUCACCGUGCCGGUCAGGCCGCCUUCGGUAACAUGUGCCGUUCCGGUCGCAUGUUCGCCCCCACCAAGGUCUGGCGCAAGUGGCAGCAGAAGAUCAACCUUGGCCAGAAGCGUUUCGCUACCGCCUCUGCCAUUGCUGCCUCUUCCUCCGCCGCUCUCCUGAUGGCCCGUGGUCACCAGGUCGCCACCGUUCCUGAGGUUCCCCUCGUCGUCAACUCGACUGCCUUCAGCAACGCCGCCAUCACCAAGACCUCCGCUGCCGUCGCCCUCCUCAAGGCCGUCGGUGCCGGUGCCGACCUCGAGAAGGUCAAGGCUUCCAAGAAGCUCCGCGCCGGUAAGGGUAAGCUGAGAAACCGCCGCCACCGCCAGCGCCGUGGUCCCCUCGUUGUCUACAACCCCAGCGAGGAUGGCAAGGAGCUCGUUACCGCUUUCCGCAACAUCCCCGGUGUUGAGACCUGCCCCGUCUUCUCCAUGAACCUCCUCCAGCUCGCCCCUGGUGGUCACCUCGGCCGUUUCAUCGUCUGGACCUCUUCCGCCUUCCAGGCCCUUGACAAGAUCUACGGCUCCACCACCGAGGCCUCUGCCCUCAAGAAGGACUUCCUCCUUCCCCAGAACUCUGUCGCCCAGCCCGACAUUGUCAAGCUCAUCAACUCUUCCGAGGUCCAGUCUGUCCUCCGCCCCGCCAAGGGUGGUGCCAUCCAGAAGCGCACCAACGUCCAGAAGAAGAACCCUCUCCGCAACAAGCAGGUCCUUCUCCGCCUCAACCCCUACGCCACUGCCUUCUCCAAGGCUGGCCUUGGUCAGCAGAAGAUCCAGGACGGCAAGCCCGUCGCUCCCGCUGCCGAGUUCAAGACCCUCCUCCACGAGAAC